GAAUCAGAACGUACGCAAUUCUCGAUCUGUGUGUCUACCCGCCCCUCACCAUCAUAAGGAGGAGUGUGACAGUGUGACGGUAGCUGUCAGCCAAACUGUUUCAGGAAGGCAGUGUCAACCUGGAGACAAAAAGACAGAAAAAGAUCCUUUGAAAAUGUCAAGCUCUCUGGUUGUGUGCGAAGUGGAGGAAAGUCUGAAACAAAAACUGAAAAAGUUUAGAUUUCGAAAAGAGACCAACAAUGCUGCCAUUCUGAUGAAAAUAGACAUGGAGAAACAACUUGUUAUCCUUGAGGAGGAAUAUGAGGACAUCUCACUGGAUGACUUGAGAGAAGAACUUCCCGAACGACAACCCAGAUUCAUUGUCUACAGCUACAAAUAUGUCCAUGCUGAUGGGAGGGUGUCUUAUCCUCUGUGUUUCAUAUUCUCCAGUCCAAUGGGAUGCAAGCCAGAGCAACAGAUGAUGUAUGCAGGCAGCAAGAAUCGACUCGUCCAAGCUGCAGAGCUCACAAAGGUCUUUGAAACAAGAAACGCUGAUGACUUGACAGAGGAGUGGCUGAAGAACCAGCUGGCAUUUUUUCGCUGAGUUUCUCAUGUUUCCAAUACGCUCAGUGUUUUUCCUUGUGAAACCCAUUGAUUGAUUUUAAUGUUAAAUGAUUCUACAUGUCACUUUCAUUAAAUGAUUUACUGUGUGAAUUUUUGUCAGCUUUUCAUUGAGAUCAGUCAUUUUCAACAUGAACAAUCUCUGAUUACUCCCAACUAAAGUCUAAGCAUUAACUAAACAAAUCAAAUAUGAUCUAAUUUUAAAUGGAGGACAGACAGGGCUGUACUUCUCAGGCCGAUUGUAAAACAAGCUGUUACAUUUACAGAAUUACUUAGAGGUUCCCUUAAUCCAUUAAAAAAGGAAGGAAAAAACAACUUUUGACCAGCAAGUUCUUACAAAAUGUCACCUGCAUUUUAUUAUCUGCCUCAAAGCCGUAACACAAUGACAAUUCAAAAGCUGAGUGAAUAAAGACAUUUUUUACAUGAUCUUGCACAGAAUAUCUGACAGAAAAAAACAACAGAGGAAUGGUGCACAAAUAGCUACAAGCGCACAAGUUAAAUCUACAAAUGAAAAUGGGAUUGAACAGACGCCCCUGGUGCAAAACCAAUGAGCAUCUUGCG